GCAUUUUCCCAUUGAAUGCGUGAAAAGAGUAAACAAACAGUCGAUUGAAUCCAACCUUUAGUUUAAUUAUUGUUUGGACACAAGAAGUGGAAGAAUGGGCGGUGUCUUCACCAAAGAUCACUUCGAUUUACAGCACUUAUCGCUUCCACUCAAACGUCUGCCUCUUCACGAGUAUCCGUCUGAUCGCGAAGAGUCACCCUAUGAUCCGCUCUACGGCUUCCCCAAUGGCCGCAAACCCAGAGUGAUGGCGGCGACCGAAGAGGAGAUGGAUUCGGCAAAACUGGAUCCGCCGAAGCGUGACUAUUGCGCCCAUCGGCUGAUGGAGUUCAGGGGUUGUAUGAAAUGCAAU